AUGAGUAACUAUGACCAGAACAACCUUUUCAACUCACUUCAUCGCUAUGCAUUGGUGAGAUUUCAGUAUUUCCAUAACCCUAUGUAUAUGAUGGUUUGCAGAGGUAAUGGGUCUCAUUUUCGUAAGGCAUACCACUGCCGCUUCAACAGAGAAUUCCACGGAAUAUACUAG